GCUGGAGAGCAGCGUUUACCGGCGGGGCGGCCGGUGAGAGGGCUGGUGGUGCUGCGGCUUUGAGGCGGCUUGGCGAGGACGUGGGACGAGUAGCGUGAGGGGAGAGGGCUUGGCUGGUAGGAAUUCGACGAGGUUUUGUGAAUGAAGCAAUGGCUACAGAUUCCCCCAGAAGACCCAGUCGUUGUACUGGUGGAGUCGUGGUUCGCCCUCAGGCUGUCACGGAGCAGUCCUACAUGGAAAGUGUCGUGACUUUUCUGCAGGAUGUUGUGCCCCAGGCUUACAGUGGAACACCUCUAACAGAAGAAAAGGAGAAAAUAGUCUGGGUCAGAUUUGAAAAUGCAGAUUUAAAUGAUACAUCAAGAAAUCUGGAAUUUCAUGAAAUACAUAGCACAGGGAAUGAGCCACCUUUGCUGAUUAUGAUUGGCUACAGUGAUGGAAUGCAGGUCUGGAGCAUCCCUCUCAGUGGGGAAGCACAGGAGCUUUUUUCUGUUCGACAUGGCCCAAUUCGAGCAGCUAGAAUCUUGCCUGCUCCACAGUUUGGUGCUCCAAAGUGUGACAACUUUGCUGAAAAAAGGCCCCUCCUUGGUGUUUGUAAGAGCACUGGAUCUUCUGGCACAAGUCCACCUUACUGUUGUGUGGAUUUAUAUUCACUUCGUACUGGGGAGAUGGUCAAGUCCAUUCAGUUUAAAACACCUAUCUAUGAUCUCCAUUGCAACAAAAGGAUCCUUGUCGUAGUAUUGCAGGAGAAAAUUGCUGCCUUUGAUAGCUGUACUUUCACAAAAAAAUUUUUUGUCACAAGCUGCUACCCUUGUCCCGGGCCUAACAUGAAUCCUAUUGCCCUUGGGAGCCGCUGGCUUGCUUAUGCAGAAAACAAGUUGAUUCGAUGUCAUCAGUCCCGUGGUGGAGCCUGUGGAGACAACAUUCAGUCUUAUACUGCCACAGUCAUUAGUGCUGCUAAAACAUUGAAAACUGGCCUGACAAUGGUUGGGAAGGUGGUGACUCAGCUAACAGGCACACUGCCUUCAGGUGUGACAGAAGAUGAUGUUGCCAUCCAUAGUAAUUCAAGGCGGAGUCCUCUGGUCCCAGGCAUCAUCACAGUAAUCGACACUGAGACAGUUGGAGAGGGCCAGGUGCUUGUGAGUGAGGAUUCUGACAGUGAUGGCAUCGUGGCCCAUUUCCCUGCUCAUGAAAAACCAGUGUGCUGUAUGGCUUUUAAUACAAGCGGAAUGCUUCUAGUCACGACAGAUACCCUUGGCCAUGACUUCCAUGUCUUCCAAAUUUUGACUCAUCCUUGGUCCUCAUCACAAAGUGCUGUCCAUCAUCUGUAUACUCUUCACAGGGGAGAAACUGAAGCCAAAGUACAAGACAUAUGCUUCAGCCAUGACUGUCGCUGGGUUGUGGUCAGUACACUCCGGGGGACUUCCCACGUUUUCCCAAUCAACCCUUAUGGUGGCCAGCCUUGUGUUCGAACACAUAUGUCACCACGAGUCGUAAAUCGUAUGAGCCGUUUCCAGAAGAGUGCUGGGCUGGAAGAGAUUGAACAGGAACUGACGUCUAAGCAAGGAGGUCGCUGUAGCCCUGUUCCAGGUCUAUCCAGCAGCCCUUCUGGAUCACCUCUGCAUGGGAAACUCAACAGCCAAGACUCCUACAAUAAUUUUGCCAACAACAACCCUGGCAACCCCCGGCUUUCUCCUCUCCCCAGCCUGAUGGUAUUGAUGCCUCUUGCACAAAUCAAGCAACCAAUGACAUUGGGGACCAUCACCAAACGAACAGGCAAAGUUAAACCACCUCCACAAAUCUCACCCAGCAAAUCAGUGGGCGGAGAAUUUUGCGUGGCUGCGACGUUUGGGACAUCCCGAUCGUGGUUUGCAAAUAAUGCAGGUCUGAAAAGAGAAAAAGAUCAGUCCAAACAAGUUGUAGUUGAAUCCCUCUACAUUAUUAGCUGCUACGGGACCUUAGUGGAGCACAUGAUGGAGCCACGACCGCUUAGCGCUGCCCCCAAGAUCAGCGAUGACACCCCACUGGAAAUGAUGACAUCUCCCCGAGCCAGCUGGACUCUGGUUAGAACUCCUCAAUGGAAUGAAUUGCAACCACCAUUUAACGCAAACCACCCUCUGCUCCUCGCUGCAGAUGCAGUACAGUAUUAUCAGUUCCUGCUUGCUGGCUUGGUUCCCCCUGGAAGUCCUGGGCCCAUUACUCGGCAUGGGUCCUAUGACAGUUUAGCUUCUGACCAUAGUGGGCAGGAAGAUGAAGAGUGGCUGUCUCAGGUAGAAAUUGUAACGCACACCGGACCCCACAGACGUCUGUGGAUGGGUCCACAGUUCCAGUUCAAAACCAUCCAUCCCUCAGGCCAAACCACAGUCAUAUCAUCCAGUUCAUCUGUGUUGCAGUCUCAUGGUCCAAGUGAUACUCCACAGCCCCUUUCGGAUUUUGAUACAGAUGAUCUUGAUCUCAACAGUCUCAGGAUCCAGCCAGUCCGCUCUGACCCAGUCAGCAUGCCAGGGUCAUCCCGUCCAGUGUCUGAUCGAAGGGGAAUUUCCACCGUGAUUGAUGCUGCCUCAGGUACCUUCGACCGGAGCGUGACCCUGCUGGAGGUGUGUGGGAGCUGGCCGGAGGGCUUCGGGCUGCGGCACAUGGCCUCCAUGGAGCACACAGAGGAGGGCCUGCGGGAGCGGCUGGCCGAUGCCAUGGCCGAGUCACCGAGCCGGGACGUGGUGGGAUCCGGAACAGAACUACAGCGAGAGGGAAGCAUCGAGACUCUGAGUAACAGCUCAGGUUCCACCAGCGGCAGCAUCCCGAGAAACUUCGAUGGCUACCGAUCUCCACUGCCCACCAAUGAGAGUCAGCCCCUCAGCCUCUUCCCUACCAGCUUCCCGUAGGUACCAGCAACCUGCUUCUGACUGGCUGGCCCACUCACCUGCUGGAGGGAGGGGAGAAGUCCCCCCUCUGAUCCUGCCCUUCGGACUCUGCUCGUCUUUUACCAACCACCUUCCCCAAGCUUCGUGACAACAGCCGCCCGCCCUCCCUGGAUCGAGAAGAGACCCUUCUCCAAAGCACCUCGGCUCACUAUGACCUCUGCCCCCCAUCAGCGGGGCCGUGGCUGAGAGAGACUCUGCAGAAGCUCCGUCCCCUCCUCCGUUUGCACACGAUGUCCUGCAUUGGACCCGCUUUUGUAUUUUCUAACCAAACCCUUGGGGGGCCUGGGUGGGGAGAGGGUGGGUGGUCCGGCGGGCACUUUGGCCCUGAGCGACAGCACCAGCUCACUCCUGGCUUUGGCACACGCUGCCCAGCUUCCCUUGGCCAACCUCCUUCUGGCGUUGAACUGAGGCCCAGAGUAUUAGGGAAGGAGGAAGGAAGAAGAAACCCCCCUUCCUCUUUUCUUUCCCCUUUGGCUCAUGGAAAGGAUUUGUCUUUCUUGUCUGUAAGCCCUUUUACCCUGGUCCUGUACUGUUCAGUGAAGGAAACCCUGGUUACUGAGGCCCUGUCAAAAAGUGCACGUCUUGUUCAAUAAAUCACGCUGCAGUUGGUGUCCA